CGUCGUGCUUCCAACAUAAUAGGCUGUAGCUCAAAUCUCUCCCAGCAAGACAUGGCAGUAAUUAAACCAGUAUUUCUUCUGUUAAAUUUAUUAAUCUGCGACAUUUUUUAAAUUCUGAAACCUUUAUAUUGAUGACAUUUAAAGUAAUCGACUUGAGGAUUCGCAGAUGAUCAAAAGAUGAAAAUAAAUUGCUUCAAAACGCGUCCGAGUUCGUUGCUGUAGUGCAGUCUAAGUGCACACUAGCUAGCAAGUUGUAGCGACAUGCAGAGCUGGCAGGUGACGCUGCUAACCAUCUUAACGCUGAGUCUGUUACUACCUGCACGAGGACUCAGUAAUGAAGGCUCGUCGUCACUGCAGUUAGCAUCAACGGCCAUACACGAACCACGCCGCAGCAACAUUUUCUUACCUAGAAAGUUGCCUUCUGUGACAACAAAAAUCCAAUUCACCAAUGUGAAGGGACCAAUGUUAAGUAAAUUUUUUAAUCUGGGACAGAAUCUUGACACCAGAUCUCGAGAUGAGGGAAGUUUAGGCUCGAGCACCGCGACUGAUGGCCUGCCACCUUCCCAUCUCCCGCAUAGCGAUCCCCUCUCUUCCUCACAACCAAGUGGCUUGCCGAAACAACUUAUCCCCCACGUACGACCCUCACAAUCAAGCUCCCCUUCACCACGAAGUGUUAAUUCAGAGCCAAUUACGUUCGAGCCCUCGCAAAAUUGGCCGGCAAACUUAGCGCCGCCCGGAAAUUGGCCGAUCACCCAAGUGGAAGACCAUCUCAACAAGCCUGUCUUCGCUUCAUCGUUUUUUCAAUCACUUAUUGGAAGUAACACGGACGCAAAACAAAAUGAUUUGCCGCUAUUAAAAUUAUCUAACACUGAAUUAAAUGACAUCGACGUUCUGGACUCGAGUUUGAUUGAUCCAGAAAACUUUCGUGUGCCAAACUCUCGCGUUCCGACAUUCCAGCUUCCCGUAGGAGGAAAGUGUUUCCUGCCCUACAGCUUCUUGGGGGGUGACGGCGUAUGCAUCGCCGCGAACGACUGUCCCUCCACCUUGACGCUGAUGGCUCAGUUCGAGUACACCCACAUCAGGAGCUACCUUCUCGACAGCAUCUGCCGUUUGGACGGCUCACUGGCUGCGUGUGAUGCUAUGGUGUUGUCAGUGGCUGCGUGUGGUGCUAUGGUGUUGUCAGUGGCUGCGUGUGGUGCUGUGGUGUUAUCAGAGGCUGCGUGUGGUGCUGUGGUGUUGUCAGUGGCUGCGUGUGGUGCUAUGGUGUUAUCAGAGGCUGUGGAGGGGGAGUUCCCUUGGCUGGCCUCCAUAGGGAGCGUGAGCACCACAUCACCGGACGUGUUCUCCUCCAUAUGCUCAGGCACGCUCAUCACUCGGCGCCACGUGCUCACGGCCGCUCACUGCUUCAGGAAUUUCGAGACCAGCCUGCCUGGCAUUGUCAGGCUGGCUGAGGGCGAUCUUUUUGCUGAUGAUGCCACAUCGGUUCACCAGGACUACAUCAUCGUCAGCCGCCACGCUCCUCUCUUCUACUACUACACCACCAUCAAUGACGUCAUGAUCCUAACACUAGACAGAGAUGUCACUUUCAAUGAUUACAUCCAGCCUGCGUGCUUACCGUUGUCGAACCCCAGCUUACCGGCCCCUGGUGACACGGUCACCGCCGUGGGCUACGGCAACAUCCAGGAAAACGGCAGUCUGGAGAUACCUGCCAGAUACCCGUACCGCAUUGACCUUCCAGUUCUGGACAACAAGUUUUGUCAAGACGCGUACUAUGGGAGACCUCCGCUCUACGUGGUUGAUGACAGAGUCUUCUGUGAGGGCGGACAAGCCAACAGGAGCACCUGCAAAGGGGACAGUGGCGGACCGCUUCAUUACUGGGACGAGUCACAACAGCGCUACUUGGUGGUCGGCGUUGUCAACGCUGGCAUUGGCUGUGGCACUGAGAAUAAUCCAAGCAUCGACUUGAGGGUCGGCGCUUUCUUGCCCUGGAUUAAAGCGGUCAUCGGCUCCUGAAAUAUUUUUGGUUGCGAUUUACAUGAGUGUCAU